CUUCCUUCUCCUCAUCUGGAUCCAAUUCGGCUUCACAUGUUCCCUCGGAAUCGCAAACAAUUAACCCUUUUCUUUUCUUUUCUUACUUCCAAACCAAGCUUUGUCAUGCCGAACAAUAACAUGACUAAGUCAAAAAUGAGUACUGUAGAACAAGGGAUAAUGAAUGAUGGCGCACCAGCCCACCUUGACUUACUACCAACUGCGACCCUGGAAAUUAUUUCCACAAAUCUUAUCCUAUCAAUCCGAAGCUAAAAGUAGGGUUGCAUCUGAGGGAGAGAGAAAACACUAGUCAGGA